AUGGCGUUGACGGACGAGGAGGACGCCGGGUCCUUCGACAUGUUCAAUUGCAGCAGCGACCUCAGCAGAGACUGCUACGCCUCGAUGCACACCCCUCCACCGACACGGUCGGUGCCUCUGAGCGAGUCAACUCUCCAGCCACCGAGCAACUGGACAGUGCUGUCUUCGCUGCGCCAUACGGCCGUUCUAGGAGAGCAGAAGGCCAAGAUGCCGCUGCUGGUCCGCAUCCGUGGCGUGCGCGUGUUGACUGGAGCUGCUGCGUUCGUGAUGGUGCUACUGCUGGUGGUCGGGAUCUUCUCGGGUGGCGUUCCGGUCGGCUCACGCGACUCGGUGGCGUCGGUGGGCACGCUCAACGAAUACAACUUCUACACGGGCACGGCUGCUGCCAUGCUGGCCAAGCCGUUCGAGAUGGCGCUCGCGUUCUUCGUACCUGUGUUGAGUCUCGUGCUCUCGCCGAGGAACAGCCUGCAGAACGAGUCGGUGACCUGGAGAGCUCUGCUUUUCUGUGGCCAGGGGACUCUUGCAGCGGUACUCACUGGAGCGUUCAGCACGCUCAACGUGCAGCAAUUGGAGCCGCUCGUGGUGCCCGUGAUCGUCGCCUCCGACCUGUCGUCAUCUUUGGCUCUGCCCGGAUCGACACCUACCAGUAAUGACCUGGCGUUUGCGCUGCGAUCCACAGAUGAUACGCUGCUGCGGACUGCGAUGCUACCCGUGUACGUGAAGUCGAGUGAAAGCCGCUGCCAAGGGCGUGGAGGCUGGCCGAACAUCGCCACAACCUACGCUUUCUUUGCCAACGACUGGCUGAUCGACUUGUUGCCGAAUGGACGUGAAGCAGAGUUCUCACUGCACACGAAGAUCGACGAGGUUUCGAGUGGUGGCAGCACAAAUCGAACAGUACCGAGCUCGUCUCUCGAGGGCUUCAACGCGACUCUGUCGGGUAAUUUGUUGCUGUACGCGAUGUUCUUCUCGCAGACUUUGCUGGCUUGGGAAGGACUCUCCUACCUCGAGAACAACUCGCUGGCCGAUUUUCAAACAGAAGUCGCGUCAUGGCGCGCAGUGGAAGAAGACAUUUCCGACCUCGACUUCCAACUUGCAGCCAGCACAAUGCUGCAGAAGACGCUCGGCGAGCAGUCCUUGCGUAGCGGGCUGGCGUUCGACACGGAUGUAGCCUCCUUCAACGUUUCGCACAUGGCGCUUUCUGCCGACAUCGACUACGAUGCUGUCACGAUCGAGAUCCCUUUUGACGAGCGCGCCAUUGGCGACAACGGGUCGACUGCAGCAACGACAGCAUCUGGUUCAACGUCCGCAUCGAGCUCGAGCUCGUCUCUUCUCUACAAGCUCAGCCCCAUUACAGACUGCGGUGCGACGGCGUGUUUGAUCCCGCCACCCGCGGAUUCCUUCUCGGCGACGGCGGUGCUGGGAGACGCAGACUACUCGCAGUGGAAUGUUGAGCCCCAGAUCCAGGCCUUCGCGGCCUGCAUCUUCGAUGACGGCACCGAGUACAUGACGAGGGGCUAUCUGCACGGCACCAGUUGCGCUCGUCGCUCCACGACGUCCUUCCUGGUCUACAGCUUCGCUCGUCGGGUAGUCGCGGACGAUGUGACAGUCGAGCUGUCGACCUCAACCAAUUCCUCGCGCGUUGUCACCGUGACAAAUCUUCAACGCUACCACACAAUCACCUUGGGGCGUUUGACCUGGAACACGAAAGACUUGGCCAGCGAGUUCAACGCGACGUGCGGGGCCGACGGUUCCGACACCUGCACGGGGAUCAGCAUUCCACUCGACAAUGCCAAUUCAUCGACUGCUAGACACCUGAUCGUUGGCGAAAACCACCUCCCAGUCGAUUCGCUCGGCGAGUUCGACGGUCUCUACUCGCGAUGGACGCCGCUGGCCAUGAUAACGACGCCAAGCGACAUACAGGGCGACCUAUUGUUCAAGCGCAACGUCCGCCGCGACCAAGACGACGCAUGGCAAGACCUCGACGGUCAAUGCUCGACCAGCGUGGACGUGUUCGCAGCGCAGGUGGAGCAGAACCGCUGGUGCAUGGGCUUCGGCCUGCAGGAGUCGUACACCGCCGCGCUGUUCCUGCUUUUCCAGAACGCCGUCGUGCGCGAGGAGAAGCAGAGCGUGGACGGAUCUCGAACGCUCGACUUCGCCGGCAGUGGCAUGCGCGUGACACUGGAAGCGCAGAUCCCGUUCCCUUCGGCGCUGAUAUCCAUCGUCGGCAGCGCUUUCGUGCUCGCUGGGGCGGUGUGCAUCGCCGUCGUCGGGCGGCGCAAGGAAGGCGCGAUCCAGCGCGACCUGGGAGUGGAGGAGAUCGCCAAGGUGCUGCUCGUGGACCGCCGCUUCCCGAGGUUCUUCCUGGACUGCACGCUGGACGACCCGGACAGCCGCCGUCGCCGUCCGCUCCAAAGCUUCCACAUCACCGCGCUCGUGCUGCACCAAACAGACCCGCGAGCGAACAGCAGCAGCAGCAACAACAGCGGCGUCAACGAGGCGGGCGUCUUCAUCCGGUACCCGCCUCACGCGUGA